AUGUCCGCUUUGGAGCGCGGCCUGCAUUCUCGGCACUUGAGGGACGGGGCCUCCAGGAACCGCGAUAAUAGCAUUUUUUAUGAUACAAUGAGUUGCGUUGAACGACCUCAACGCAUUCGGAACCACCCUCAUAAAAAGCAAUCAAAACAGAGCCACGGCGCGCGGGCUCAGACGUCCUAUUCAUUUUAUCAGGAUGAUCGUCGGCCAAACAGAUAUGCCCAUCAACGGACAUCUUAUACUAUCCAUUCCGAUUCAGAUGACUCUUAUAUAUAUUCUGAGCUGGAUGACCGGACUGACAACGAAAACUACGACGCACCGCACCCAGAUCGUACGAUGCAUUAUAACAAGGACUUUAAGGCCUUCUGCACAGAGAUAGCACAGUACGUCGUUGAGGCCUGUACACGAUCUGCCAUCCAAAGCAGUAGCAUGUAUGUUGACACGGCAUCGUCGAUUCUAUCUGCUAGCCCGGACGAUGGGAUGGAUGAUCGAGCCCCUGCUUCAUCAAAGGGUCAUGCCAGCUCUCGUCGCGCUCUUCUCCACGGUGAGUUUGCGCGAAAUAGUAGGCUGACCAAAAGUCAAGAUAAGCUCCAGUCUAUCAAUGAGAUUUUUUCUGGUUCUCAUCGGGGAGCUCAUUACAGUAAAGGCAAGGACAAUACUCAUCACAAUGGCCGUUACACUUAUCAACAGAAUCCUCUUGCUGCGCCUACAGCUAAGCGGGGCAUGGCUCAGUUGGAGUCUUCUCCACUAAGAACACAACACGGUGCUGCCAGGAGCCCUAAUGCAAAGGCCUUAGGAGACGACAGCAUCAACAGUCCACGGGCACUCCAAACUAGAAUUUCUAAGAGAUCUAGGCCCGAUAAACAAGGAUCAGAAGCAGCUAUUCGUCGGCUUGUUGUUGAGCCUUUUCCGGCAGAGCCGCCAGACAGUCAGCGUGCCAUGCCUCAUCACGCCUCACAAAAAGUCAGAAGAACCCAGCCCACGAGUGCGCAUCUAGAGUCUCAGACAGUAGUAUUCAGUGCAGAAGACAAUCAUCUGCAUUCAGUCGAUAGCUCUGCGAGUGACAACAACGAUUCAUUUGUAUCCGAUUCAAAUACAGAUUCAUCAACAUAUUCUAAUAGGGAGGAUGGGAUAAAUUAUGUUCCCAUGAAGAAACUGUCAUCAAAUAUGAAAGAAGACAAUAAUGUCACAUCAGUUGCGGUUGCUGCAGCCAACGCCUUCUCAUGCAUAUCUGAAGGGCGAGAAAGGAAGGCAUCUAAGAAGCAAUCUUUAGUAGACGCCCGAGCGAUUUCUUCUCAUCUGCCAUCAGAUGACGAUAUAAAGGCUGCAGCCUCUCAAAAGAACGGUAUUAAAGAAGCCUUUGUUCAUGAUAGUCUGGUCCCCUGUGCCUCUGCUGAUCAACAACUUGCUGCAAUUGGGGGGAGUUCGUUGUAUACCGAGCUCAAAUCAGUUAAUUUUAACAAACAGGCUAUAUCAGUGAGGCUUGUGGAAAUCACCAAUGAUUUUCGGCGUUACAAGAGUGAGAUUGCAAAGCAGUUUGCUGAAUUGCAAGAGAUUGUGGCCUCGAUGUCUACUCAGAUCAAAAUGUUAGAGUGCACGAUAAACGGUCUUCAGAUAGGCGUACAUGCCCAGCCAUCGUUUGCGCGUGGUAGCGGAAUCUUUUGGCAUGAUUCACUGAUCCACAAAGAUCACUCCGCCGCCGCUGGACGCUCAUCCGGAACGGGGGCCAACAGCGUUAUGCAGUAUCCAAAGAUAAUCAGUACCCCUCUAAUAGAUCCUGCCAGAAGCUCUUGCAGCUCUACUCAGAUGGUCUCUCGGUCCCCAGAGCCUAUAGACGUUAUGAGGUCAGAACACAAGCCGCCCAUGGUGCCCUCAUUUCAUGCAGGGGCUACAGACGUGAUGGGAAGAUGCGACUUACGGAACUAUGUGCUAUCCACGGACGGGCAAUCAGAAUCAGUGCACGACUCUGUUAGCUCUCAGACAGAACCAAAUUCCCUUUCUAUUGUCCAGAUGGGUGAUGAGAAGAUAUCAGCUCUAACAGCCAGCCAGAUUAGUAAAGAAAAGAAACGGAAACACCAUACGUCGUCAAAAUGCGAGCCUAGGGACAGCAUUGGUGUAACUAUAUCGCCUCUAUCUGCCGCAGCAGAGGUCUUAGACAGAAAAAGUGGGCUAAGUGAUAUGGCUGCUCCAUCGGCACGGAAGCACACACGCUCGUCCAUACAGGACUUCAUAAAAGAGGCUUCUUCUACACGUGAGAAAAGCCCAAGCAGAAAUCCUUCUCUUUGCCAGAACAGCACGGCAUCCUAUGUAGAAGAUAUGGACAUACACAAUGAGGAUCCUGCUGUAAUUGGUCCUGAGGCCCCAGUCUCAGGAAUUUCCACGGACGAUCCUGAACGGACCGGGGACACUAAGUCCACCUCACGCCGAUCUCAUAGAACAGGAGGUAUAGAAUUUAGCGAUAGGGGAGAUACUCAAGAUCAGACAGGCUACGCGUCAACCUAUGAGGCAAGUGACAUACAUAAAUCAGGUAAGUCUAAACCCCGUGAGCGAAGGCAGCGGAAGUCCAAGAGUCACUCUAAUUCUACUAAAGAUUACCAAGGGAAUGAGGAAGCAUCUUACUCACAGUCUAUAUUGUCUGAGCAACUUGUCUCUAUGAAUAUUUUAGGAGCCAAUAUGGUGCAACCAGAGCUUGAGGUCCCACUGAACCAGAGCGAUACUCCAAUUCACCCGUACCUACUGAGCCAUCCAGAUAGUGCCGAGCACGCUGCUACUCUGGAUCCUUCCAACUAUGGUCUUAUCGAAAAGUUGUUUGUAUCUGAUCUGUCUCGCAGUCCCAGUAUCUUCAAUGAUGACACUGAAUUUAUGAUUGUUGAAACAAUUGAAAUAGUGCAGUCAAUCUAUAUUCUUCCUGGGCUCAGAAAUAAUAAGCUUACUACCUGGUCUACCGCGUGCAGAACGCUAGGGAACCUGAUGAUCAACACUGAUGGGCCUUUCUGGAGAGCGACGUAUCAAUGUGCACGGUACCUUCUUGCGCUGUAUGUUGCAUAUGGUUCUGCUGUUCUCGAAGCAGGAUUAAGUGAGAUAUACCAGAGGUUUUACACUGCUCUCAAAACGAUGACAGGGGUUGGUAACGAGGAGAUUCAGGCAGACUGUCUGUUAGUGGCCUCUGUCCUUGAUCUUAUAUGUGGAGUCACGCAGCUCCGUCAGGAAGGCGACCUGACGCGUCUUGUCAGCUCAAUUGCAACAGUGGCUCCCUCUCUCAGUCAGGUAGGCUUUGCAGCGCACGUGUUUCCCCUUCCUGUCUGCCUAUUAGUUGUGAUGGAGGAACUAAUCUCAGAAGAGCAGUUCCAGCUGGUCAACACGUGGAUUAGGUCCAAUCAGGAACCGCAAGAUGAUGAGCAGAAGCGAAUAGCAGAAUUUGCCGUGUACUUCUCCACCUAUUUCUAUUCGAUGAUGUCAUACGUGACAGAUUUUUACGUCACGAUUACCGGACAUAGUAAGAAGCCUGAUGAGCCUCUUGCCCUUGGCAAUCCUGUAUCAGCAGGAAUGCUCUGCAAUCUUGCAAGCUUGUAUCGCGCAGGAGUACUGCUUCAAGAAAACCUAUCACCACCAGAGGGCAGCUUUGAAGCUAAUUCUCUUAAGCUGGGUCUAAAACAAUUGAUUAGCUUGGUACCUGAGAUUGAUGAGAUAAUCACCAGAACAGAAAAGAGGUAA